AUGUCGUCGCUCGAAGAAGAAGAACGGGGAAACCGAAUCCCGUUCGAACCGGACGACCCUCGGUACGAAUUCACCGCCGAAGAGGAAGAAAACGCGUUGAAAGCGUACGAAAAACGGUACCAAAAAGAACGCACGUGGGAAGAUUUAACGGAAGAUGCCGAGGGAAACUUACGCUCGUCCUCGCUGGAAAAGGACCGAUCUCAGCGACGGCGGUUUCUGGCGAACGAAAAGAGGAAGAAAAUCGAGAAAGAAGCGUCGCAGUCCAGAGUUGCCAAAGGGAUGAUUCGGUACUGUUACGUGAUUCUCGAUUUGAGCGACGCAAUACACGUGGAAGACAUGCGACCGAAUCGAAGCGCAGUCCUAUUACCGCUGAUGAUUAAAUUCGUUCGAGAGUUUUUCAAUCAAAACCCCUUGUCGCAGUUAGGUUUGAUCGCGUGUAAAGAUGGGAAAGCGGAACGGAUUACCGAACUGUCCGGAUCUCCGGAGACGCACGUGAAGGCGAUUAAGAAGGCGUUUGCGAGCGACGGCGUCGGGGGGAGUUUUUCGUUACAAAACGGGUUAGAGCAAGCGAUGGAAGGAUUGAGAGACGUGCCACCGUUUGGUGCGAGGGAGAUUAUAGCGAUUAUUUCGAGUUUGAGCACGUGCGAUCCGGGGAAUAUCAACGAUUCGGUGAGGAAAGUGAAGAAGAUGAAAGCGAGGACGAACGUUAUUUGCGUGGCGGCGGAGACGAGGGUGUUUAAAAAGUUAAGCGAGGAGACAAAAGGGAAGUUUAGCGUGAGUUUGGACCAGUCGCAUUUGACGAGAUUGAUUAUGGAGUGCGCGCCUCCGCCGGCGUUGUUGUUGGAAACCGCGAAACCGGCGUUGGUGGAGAUGGGAUUUCCGAGACGAGAGCCGAGGAAGUUUGGCCUAGGCGCCGGAGACGAGGACGAUCGAGACGUGUUGACUAUUGGACCUAGGAACGGAGAGUAUCGGUGUCCGAGAUGUGAGGCGAGAGCGGAGGAGCUACCGAGUCAGUGUGGGACGUGUCAGUUAUCGUUGGUAUCUUCGCCGCACUUGGCGAGAAGUUACCACCAUUUGUUCCCGGUGAUGCCGUUUGUGGAAGUGAAAGUAGACGGCGAUUCAAAAAACGAGGAGGAAGAGGAGAAGAAGAGAAAAAAAAACAGCGGUAAAGAUGAUGAUGAUGAUGGACAAUUUCUCAGAGAGUGCUUUGGAUGUUGUGUCGUGGUGGAUGCGUCGACUGGGAUGUUGAGUAAGUGUCUCAAAUGCGAGAAAGAAUUUUGCUUCGCGUGCGAUGUAUACAUUCACGACCGGUUGCAUAACUGCGUCGGAUGUUUAUCGACGGCUUUAGACAAAGAGUAG